AUGAAUGUCAAGGAAUUUGAUGAGGAUCUCCUUGAGAUGUACGAGUGCCGGAAAUCCUUUUUUGUGGAUGACAUGACGUAUAUCCAAAGCCAUCGUUCCAAAAUACGAUGGGAUCUUGGCCCGAUUUUUAAAGAACGGGUCAUAGAAGGACACGACGAGAUCUGUGGCAUGUAUGUCUCAGAAGCUGUCGCCGUCUGCGUCGCGACCCAGGUCGAGGGCCCGAAUCCCGGGCUCCAGGGAAUUGCAAAGAUCAGAAUGCAAAUUCCAAACCCCGGCCGUAUCGCCACAGCACCUGUGCGCGCCAGUACUCGUUGCGGCUUUGAGCUUUAUAAUCUUCGUCAACUCUCACGCUUGGGCUGCACAUGUACCCCGAAAUUGUUAGAUACUGCAUGGUCUGUUCAAGACGAGAAUGACCCCGUCCCUGGUGGAUUUUGCGCUUUUUUCAUCAUGGAAAAAUUACCGGGACACAACCUGAACAACUUUGGGGCCCUGCCCAUGGCAGAGCGAAACCAAAUCAGACUGAGUUUUGCCAAAUCAAUACGCGAAUUUUACGACUUGCGAUAUGACCAUGACGACCCAGCUCGCCGUAAUUUGAUAUGGGAUAGUGAGAAGAAAAAAUGUUAUAUCAUUGACCUUGAAGAGGCAUAUGAAAUUUUGGACGCCGAUAAGCCGAGAGCAUUUUCCCCAGAGCUUCAUUGGCGCGACUGGGGGAUUGCAGGCCCAGAAUCCAGUACCAGCUACUACGGGUUGGAUCCAAUGGUCCCCCAUCACAAGAAGUACAUCGAGAACCCGAGUGACGAGAUGCUGGAGAAAAUGGCAGCUGACGCGGAGGGAAGGGAUGUUUUAAUGCCUUCUAGGUAG